AUCGCCGCUUGCAAAUUCUAUUGUUUAUAUUUUGACUUUUAUGCUGGGUUACAUGGACAAUUUAUUGAAUUUAAUUCAACUAUUUUGAGUUAUUGUCCUUUUUCAAGACUCGAAUCUUCAGUCCGCGUCUGAAAGGUUACCUAGCCACACCAGUGAUAUCUAUGGCGAAGUCCAAAAACGGUCUGACGGCCGUUGGCCUGUCCUUUUCGGGAGCGUUUUUAGUCAUAUUGGCGUUCGUGACGAAGAGCUGGUUGGUCACGGAUGGACAUUUAAAGCACCCGAAAUUCGAUAGGAUCGGUCUAUGGGUAGUAUGUUUUAAAGAUUUUAAAGACCCUCGUCAUUGGUACGACACAAGAUUCCAUAGUUGUUGGUGGGUGUUUGAAGAAGAAUAUUAUAUUAUCGAUGAUAUUUUAUUCAAAGGUUUUUUCAUUGCCACUCAGUUUUUUUUUUCAACUUGUGUUCUCUUCACUGUGUUUGGUUUAUUCUACUCUAGGCUUUAUAUGUAUCUAAAUAGAGCUCAUGAACGUUACGUUCAAAUUCUACUUAGAGCGGCAAUACUUUACUUAGCUGCAGCUAUAUGCAGUACUAUUGCUCUGAUGAUAUUUGGAUUAUAUGGAGACAGUAGAGUAUGGUUGCCAAAUUGGGAACACAAUGAUAUAGGAUGGAGCUACGGAGCAGCAGUCGCAGGAACUAUUGCCCUUUAUGUCAGUGGAGUAUUGUAUGGAAUAGAGUGUCGGGUACACAUGAUUAAACGUAAAAAAAUGGCUACUCAAAGAGACAAUUACAACUAUGGUGCAGAUGACAUAAAACAAAUGUCUCACACUGACAUAUAAAUGUUCAAAUUUUAUUUUAAAAUCACUAGUAGCAGCAUCUAAUUAAUUUCAUUAAUUUAUAUUUGAAACGGAAGCUGCUGUACAAAAAUUUCUUAUGCCUUAGUUAGUCCUUAAUUUUAGCCCUAGAACUGCGUCUCUCUUAAUGAAUAUGUACCUACAGUGACAACUUCUUAAAUGUGGAUUCUUCAAAUAUCUGAUUCACUUUGUAUAGAAAACACUUCAUAUUUGUUUUGGAUACCAAAAAUUAAGGGGCCCAGUGCCAGUUUUCCAUAUUUUCCGCAAUUCUAUAAAAUUUGAAAAUUAAAUUUUUUAUCAUAGUUGCCACCUUAAUUAUAAUACUUUUCCAUUAAUUAAUAACUCUCAGGCCUUGUAGAAUUGUCAGAUUCUGAUAACUAUUUUUUCUAUCUAAAAGAAUGAAACUUCCUACUGGCCGCAAUCAAACUCCGAUUUCUUAUUUUAUUUCAAAUGAUGGUAUAAUAUAAUUUGUAAAAAAAAACGCUUAAAAUUGUUCUAUUUUCAGAGACAUAUUCUAAAGUUUAAGAUUAAAAUAUUGAAAAACGGACCUUGAUGUGGCCUGUGUUACCCUCAAUAAGUUUAAAAAAAGUAUAUCAAAUUUGGUUGAUUUUACAGAACAGGAUCAUUAUUUCCUUAGAGCAUUAUUUUAUGUACAAAAUUAUAUUGACACUGGGCACCCUAAGUAUAUUAUGAAUGAGAAUUGUGGGUUUUUAUUCUUAAAAAUGGCUUUUUUAAAACUGUUUGUUACUUGAUCAUUUAUACAAUUAUUGUCAAACUGUAAUUAAUAAUCAUAGAUUUUACUUUGAAUUUGAUAUGCAAUUGAUAUUGGAUAUUACGUAUAUAAUAUAACUUAUAAACACAAAAAGCUCAAGUAUUUAAUUUAAAAUCUACGAAUUUUAGUAAUAAUUAUUAAUUAUCAUGUGAGAAAUAAUUUAUGUUUAAUUGUUAGUAUGAUUUAAAAAAUAAUUGAGAAUUUUACAAAAAAAAACAAAUUUAUAAGGUAAUUUAUGUAUUUUUUUUA